UACCAUUGUACUCAUAAUAUCAAACCCCUCGCCUCUAAGUUUCCUCUUCCUCUUCUUCCUAUUGUCCCUUUGCCUUUUGAGGUUUUGACAAGCUAAGAGGGGUUUGGUUUGUAACAAUGGCCAUUGCUAAGUUUGUUGCUGCCUUGAUCUUGGCCCUCAUUGCCCUCACCAUGCUUCAAACCAUGGUUAUGGCUUCUCAUGGGCAUGGUGGUCAUCACUAUGACAACACUAACAAGUUUGGACCUGGGAGUCUCAAGAGCUACCAAUGCCCAUCACAAUGCACGAGGAGGUGCAGCAAGACCCAAUACCAUAAGCCCUGCAUGUUCUUCUGUCAGAAAUGUUGCAAAAAGUGCCUGUGUGUGCCCCCAGGGUAUUAUGGGAACAAAGCUGUGUGCCCUUGCUACAACAACUGGAAGACCAAGGAAGGAGGCCCCAAGUGCCCUUGAAUCAACUCUCAAUUUUCCAUCCUUGUCCUUCCUAUCCUAUAUAUGUUUUUUUUUAAUCCUAUCACCUAGCAGACUACUGCUGCAUUUUACUACUAACUUUUUAUAUGUAUUCACUGUAAGAUGAAUCUCUAUUUUGUUGGGUUGAGGGCUUAAAAUGCUGUAUCAAUCAGUCACUCCUUAGGGGUUUUACCUAGAUGAGAGUGGCUAAUCUAUAUGUUUAUCUGUCAAAAAAGUGAAAUCUCUGGUUUCACUAAUUGAUUAGUAAUAUUUUUGCUCUA